CUUGGUUUCAAGAUCUGAAUGACGGUAUUCAUCGCAAAAAUAUGCGACAGAUGAGGAUCUCGACGUCGGUAUGCUUUGAAAUCAUCUCAGCAGAUGGACGAAGACCGUUCUGAUCCUUCGUGUGCGUUUUCAAGACGAUACGCACACUUAGGCUGCAGCAAGACAUAUCCUAGCAACUGUUCAUCCACGAUGUCAUGCAGGUUGUUGCGAGGUAUCACGCGUGGUAUUGUUGGAUCUCCAGGAGUUCCUUCGUCUUCCCGAGACAUCUGGGAGCCGGUGCGUUACGACGACGGCAAGGAUGCCAACCAGAUUCCUGAGGCAUGGACGAGGAGCAAGACACUAGUCAUGCGUCCUUUUCGCGUCUAUCGGCCUCAGGAAGCUCACCCCCAAGGCCGCCCGUGGUCUGCUCAAUGGAGGAUUGUAUCAAGGAGCUACCUGCUUCAAUCGGCAAUACUCAGAAGCCCGUACGCACCCCCGCAAAUCCACAAAGCAGCUCGUCAGUGGCAGCUUCGAGUGCGUCCCAGAAUGCCGGGAUCAGAGGCACCAUUGCACUCGGUAAGUGUGACUCGCGGCGUCGGAGAAUGGGGAGAGUCGUAACUUUGGCCAUCCUUAGAGCGCAACCUGAAGCCGUCUCCUGACACCCCAACCAAGUUUACGAGGUGUUGAUCUCAGAUUCUGCCUCUCAUCGAGUCCGUCUCUGUUUGAGAGGGCACAUGCUUGGAAAGACGCUGCAUGACACUCCACUUUCUGUUCAGGAUUGAUUUCCAGCCGAGCUACCUCCAUGACGUCUGUUCGACAUGAUGUUCAUGUUCAUGGUUUGAUGGUAUCUUGGUCAUUCGUGACACUGGAACAAACAGGUGUUACUUUUGCCGUGCGCCCAUUUCGUCAGUUAGCGAGGGUGGACUGGGACAAGACGGGUGGUAUGUUUGAUUGUUCCGUAUCUCAGAGAGAAGGAAGGUGACUCGAUCAACUUUUUUCAACAGCUUCACCCCGAGCUUCUCCGGUUGUUUUUGUUUGUCGUUCUUGUAAUUGUCGCGGAUGACAUCUUCAAUUCCUCUACACAAGUCAUGAAAAUAGCGCGAAUGUUAUUCGAGGGGUGUCCAUAUGUUGAGCUCUGGGGAGGACGAAGUUGGGUUGUAAGAUGACAUUCUUGUGCAUGUGCCGUUAUCUCGUACGGUCUCGUCCGACAUCCCCAACUUAUUGAGCACAUUACACGCGCAGGAGGAUAAGGACGUCUUCUUCCUUUACUAGCUAUUCUAACUAGCUGCCCGCAAUAACUCGACUUCGGAACUCGGCACCUGCAAACAAUACCAAGUGUGGCGACUUCCAAGAGAUAUCAAGCUCCAAGAAUGAACUUGGACGUAUGAUAGUGGUUGAAUGGUCCUUAUGAGGCAUAGAUCCGUUUUUGGGCUAAGAUCAAUGUACCCCAGAAUUAACUUCGGGCCUUUCACUCUCAUUGGAAGACGAGACACUACCAAAUCACACCCUAGUCCGGUUAAGUCUGAAGGAUAUGUUAUAUUCCGUGCUAGCUUGAAUGCAGGAGAGAGGGCACAAAUGGACAAUCAGGCACUUUUGUUCUGGUUUGAAAUGGAUGCUAUUACAGGACCACGGGGACUAUCUGAGGAACCAUGAUAGAUAUCCGUCCAUGAUGUUACUUGUACAGGCCGGUGCAAGGCUGUGGACUUUUUGAUUUUUGAUGUUUUUUGAGACCCCAAACUAGAAACUUCGCGCCAAACACCAUUCAUGCUUGUGAAGGAAUGUCACUCGAGUCGCCAUGAGGUUUUUCUGGGAUAAGGAACGUGGAAACAGCAGGGAGAGCUUGCACUGUUGGAUAGUGGUUGAAGGUGCAGUGCGAGUGAGAAAUGUCGUGAUUUGUGGCUAGAUGUAGUGUCAGACCUCGGUUGAAUAGAUGACCCCGUGAAAUCCUGCUAUUAACUGCUUUUCGCCUCGUGACUUGUGUGCUUUUACUCCUGGCUGAUCUCAAUCCUCUUCGCCGUCUU